AUGGCGGUAUCGCCUCUUCCCUCUCAAUUCCCUAUCACUACCGGUGCUCCAAAGUCCCUAGCAAUGCGCAACAUCACAUCUCAAGAGAGCCGUGCCACUCCUGGCAGUGAUUCUACGGCUUCCAAACCGUCCGCCCCCGAACCAGAACUAGCGGAACAGUUGAAUGCUGACGUCCGAAGGAAAUAUGUCAAAGGCCAUCUACGAGACGACCCCUCUUCUCUCGUCGCAAUUAAGAAAAUAAAAUUGAACGCGGAAUACAAAGAUGGACUGUCAAUGGAUGCCAUUCGCGAAGUAAAAUACCUCCAGGAAUUAUCCCAUCCGAAUGUCAUCGCUCUACACGAUGUUUUCUCCUCAAAGGACCAGAAUUUAAACCUUGUUCUCGAGUUUUUACCCCUUGGGGAUCUUGAGAUGUUGAUUAAAGAUAAUACAAUCCAGUACGGUGUAGCUGAUAUAAAGGCAUGGAUAAGCAUGCUUGCGCGUGGUGUCUGGUUCUGCCACAAGAACUUCGUUCUUCAUCGUGAUAUUAAACCAAACAACUUGCUAAUAGGAUCGGAUGGAGAGGUUAAACUAGCGGAUUUUGGUCUUGCAAGAUCGUUUGCUGAUCCAUAUCUGAACAUGACGCAUCAGGUUAUCACACGAUGGUACAGGCCGUUGGAAUUACUCUUCGGCGCCCGACAGUACUCCGGUGCAGUCGACAUAUGGUCCAUGGGCAUGGUAUUCGCAGAGUUGAUUCUCCGCGUCCCCUUCGCGGCUGGAAACACAGAUAUGGACCAAAUAUCGAAAAUUUGCGCAGCCUUUGGUGCUCCUACGGAAGAAAACUGGCCUGGCGUUACAAAGCUACCCAACUACGUCCCAGUUGAAGAGAAUCAGGCUGUGCCCCUACAAGGCCGAGAGUUUUUCCUUCGCCAGUUUCCAACAGCUGGACCGUUAGGUGCUGAUUUACUGCAUUCCAUGCUAAAACUUGACCCAAGGAAGCGAAUUACCGCGACUCAAGUUCUGCAGCAUCAGUGGUGGUUCGCUGAACCUCAGCCAACCAAGAAAGAAAACUUGCCACGGAAGUCAGGCGGGGAAAAGAAAAUGGGCAACGACAUGGGUAGGCGAGUUGGUGAAAUCGAUGAGGCAAAAUUCAAGGGUGUUUCUCGUCAGCUCGACUUUGGGUCUAUUAAGAAGAAAUGA